CAAUUCACAAGCCUAAACCCCCCCCCCCCCACCCCCUCUCUCUCUCGCCGUCUCGCCGCCGCACACAACACCACACCUCGCCAUCGGAGCAGAGGUCGAGGAGGAGGCGGAGGAGAAGCCGCCAUGGCAAAGAAGAAGAAGCGCACCGGCGGCGGCGAGCAGCCGAAGCCUGCGUCCGACGUCGCGGAGGACAAGCCCGCCGAGGACACCUCGCCCGAUGUGCAGCAGCCGCACCUCAACGCCGCCACCACCACGGCGGCGCCGGGGACGGACGACAAGGACGCCUCCACCAAGGCCGACGACCCCAAGAAGGACGCCAAGGAGAAGGAGAAGAAGCCGGCGGCGCUUCCCGUGGUCACCGCCGUGCUCAAUGUCGACAUGCACUGCGACGGCUGCGCCAAACGCAUCCGCGCCUCCAUCCGCCACUACCCAGGUGUGGAGGGCGUGGCGAUGGAGGUGGACAAGGGCACCAUGACGGUGGUCGGCCGCUUCGACGCCAAGAAGCUCCGCGAUCGCGUCGCCAACAAGACCAAGAAGAAGGUCGACCUCCUCCCCAACAACAAAAAGGCUGGAGACGACAACGACAACAAGAACAACAAGGCCAACGAAUGCGACGGCAAGCCGGCGGACAAGAAGCAGCAGCAGCAGGAGGACGACGGCGACGAGGCGGGGAAGGAAGACAAGAAGAAGAAGAAGGAGAAGGAGGAGCAAGACGAUCAGAAGAAGAAGAAGGCCAAGGACAACAAGAAACCCGUCGUGCCGGUGCCUGGGACGGUGGUGCUCAAGAUCGGCGCCGUCGGCCUCCACUGCGACGGCUGCAUGAACCGCAUCCGCACCAAGCUCUUCCACAUCCAAGGAGUGGAGCAGGUGGCCAUGGAGAUGGCCAAGAACCAGGUGACGGUGACCGGGACCAUGGACAUCAAGGCCCUGCCGGAGAAGCUCCGCAAGAAGCUGCGCCGCCCCGUCGACGUCGUGCCGCCGGGCAAGCAGAAGGACAAGGACGGCGGCAAGGACAAGGACAAGGAGAAGCAGGACGGUGGCAAGGACGGCGGCGGCGGCGGCAAGGACGCGGCGGCGAAGGCGCUGACGGCGGAGAAGGAGGCGUGGAAGGCGGCGUUCUACGACCAGCAGGCGCUGCUCGCCACCGAGUUCAUGCUCAGCGACGAGAACCCCAAUGCCUGCUCCAUCGCCUGAUCUCUUUUGCUGGUGAUUAACAAGGCAAAGCAGUGCGAGAAAUCUAAUCAGUGUUCUGGUGAUCUGUUGGUUGGUAGUGUUUUUUUGGUGGCAAGAUUAAGAUCAUCUUUGACAUGUGAAAGACUAUUUAGAUUAGCAUCUAGGGAACUGAAAGAGAGACUGAAAGAUAGGAAGGAGUACUAGAUAUGAUAUGAAAAGAGAGGAAUUGAAUAGGGAGGGAUGAUAGACAGAAAAGAGAGAUUCAGAAAGGAAUCUGUAACUGCAGUUGGCCAAGCUGCUUUUUUCUUGGGAGCUAAUCGUUGAGGCAUUAGCAAUGCUGAUGCUAAGUA